AUGAGCCCGCCAAGUGUCCGAGACUGGACGCCCAAGCACGUGGCCAAAUGGUUGAAGGAUGAGGGCUUCUGCGACUAUGUGGGCCUGCUGUGCCAUGAGCACCGGUUGGACGGCAGCAGCCUGCUGGCCCUCAGCGAGUACGACCUGCGUUCGCCUCCCCUACAGCUCAAAGUGUUGGGCGACAUCAAGCGUCUCAUGGCGUCCAUUCGCAAGCUUCAGAAGCAGAACCUGGAUGUGCUGGAGGAGCUGGGUCUGCCGUUUGACGGGCACUCCCCCACUGGUUCGGGUGACUGGUUCUGCAACGGCGAGGUUGCGCGGGACUGCGACGGCGCCGACAAAGCACCUGUCGGGGAGGAGUACCAGAAGUACACCAACGGCAAAUACAAGCAGCAGACGCGACGGUUGGAUCCGGAGUUCUGGAAGACUGCGCUGAGUUCAGUCUAUGUGGUCUUGGUGUUUGGCGUCACCUCCUUCGUCAUGGUCAUCGUGCAUGAAAAGGUCCCCGACAUGGCCACCUACCCGCCUCUCCCCGACAUUGUCCUGGACAAUAUGCCUCGAAUCCCAUGGGCUUUCGCCAUGGCGGAGGCGUGCGGCGUCAUCCUGUGUAUCAUCUGGCUGCUGGUUCUACUGCUGCACAAACAUAGGUCCAUUCUCCUUCGCCGCAUGUGCAGCCUCAUGGGUACGGUGUUCAUGCUCCGCUGCGUCACUAUGUUCGUCACUUCCCUGUCCGUUCCGGGACAACACCUGCAGUGCACCGGAAAAAAGUAUGGCGAUAAGUGGGCUAAGCUGCAGCGUGCCGUGGCCAUCUGGAGCGGCUUCGGCAUGACGCUGACAGGCGUGCACACGUGCGGCGACUACAUGUUCAGCGGGCACACAGUCAUCAUCACUUUGCUCAACUUCUUUGUCACCGAAUACACGCCACGCAGUUGGCACUGUAUCCACACUCUGUCAUGGGUGCUCAACUUAUUCGGCAUCUUCUUCAUCCUUGCGGCGCACGAGCACUACUCCAUUGACGUCUUCAUCGCCUUCUACAUCACCACACGCCUCUUCCUCUACUACCACACGCUAGCCAACACGCGCGCCUACCAGCAGAGCCGCCGGGCGCGCAUCUGGUUCCCCAUGUUUUCCUUCUUUGAGUGCAACGUCAACGGGCCCGUGCCCAACGAGUAUUGCUGGCCCUUCUCGCGACCCGCCAUCCUCAAAUUAAUCAUCGGGUAG